AUGCAUCUUCUGUUUCUGAUCAUUGCUGUGGCUGGGGUUGCCAGAAGCAACCCAGUGACCCAACCCAGUAUUCAGCCUUUGACCCCAUCUCCUACACCAUCCCCAGCUAUGGUUGAGAUUGGAGAAGCAGCCCUCCUGAGACCAAUUGGGCACCAAAUGCCACUCAACACCACUCCUCUCCCACUCAUGGACCAUGGUGCCAAUUUUUUUCAUGAUAAGCCAGUGAGCCUGGAAGCCAACAGACAAAUCCCUGCUGUAGCACCACAGCCCCAAGCAGCCCUUCUCAACAUCACAAGGGACAAUUCUAGCAUGGAAGAGAUGAAGCGACCAAGGAGACAGGCCUCUGGCUGUUCAGACCCCUGUGCCUCCACUUCUGACCCCUGUGCCUCCACUUCAGAUGCCUGUGCCACUUCUGACCCCUGUGCCUCCACUUCAGAUGCCUGUGCCACUUCUGACCCAUGUGCCUCCACUUCAGAUGCCUGUGCCACUUCUGAUCCCUGUGCCUCCACCUCAGAUGCCUGUGCCACUUCUGACCCAUGUGCCUCCACCUCAGAUGCCUGUGCCACUUCUGACCCUGUGCCUCCACCUCAGAUGCCUGUGCCACUUCUGAUCCUUAUGGAGCCCCAAGAGUUGUGCAUCCACAAGACUCCUUUCUGUGUUGAAAAAGAGAACUUGGCUUCCCAGGAGGUGAGAAAGGCCAACAAGAACUUCCACCCUCAGGACCCAUACCUGGUGUUUGAAGACAUUGAAAAUCAAAUUCCUCCAACAACAACAGUCAAAAGCAGGCCCAGAAAUGUACCCCGCAUCAGGCAAAGGAAUUAUUUGCAUGAAAGGAUUCAACACAAACUGCACAGCAAACUGCGACUUCAGGCCAAAUGAAAGCAAAUAUUUACAAACUCAUCAAUCACACUUAGGAAGCAGAUCCUUUUCCCACCCCAUCUCCAAAAUGAUAAUUGAAGAGAUAACAGGACUUUUUGAGGGGAUGUAUAAAAGCCUCACUUGUACCCAAUGGAAUCAUUAUCAAGUAUUAAUAUUCAGGAAAAAUAAGGCAUGGGCUUGUCAACUGUUGUCAUUCUGGUUUUCACAUUUACCACAGCACUUGGAGUUGUCAAUGUGAAUAUUCCCAAAGUCCCAUCACAGCUGGCAACUGCUGAAUUUAUAAAACCUUCAAGGCCAUCAAGACUCCAAACAAGUUCAGCUCCCCAGAAGAAACCAUCAAGUCAUCAAAUAUCUAAAGGCUUAGAUCAUCAAAAGCCAUCAGGGUUGCCACAAGCUCUACAAAGACCAACAGGAAAUAACAUCCCUGCAGCUGCUCAGAAGCUCACAGCCCAAAAUUUCCCUCAAGUGACCCUAACCAAGUUGAUAAAGUUGGAAAGGUUGGACCAAACCCAGGGCAAAGGACAUGCUAGGGUGAAGAGACAGUGUUGUUCAUCCAAAAAAUCCAGCAGUGGAUGUGGUUCCAGUAAUUCAUGCCAAAAGUCCUCAUCAUCAAAAAAAUGUGGAUGCUGAAUAUGAUUCCCCUGCUCCAAGACCUUUUCUCCUGACACAUUACAAUAAUAAACUGCAUAUACACUUCAGCAAGGCCUUGUUAUUUCAUGAAAAAGUUCCUCAUUGGGUUUCUGUUUCUUCUUUUUUUAUUUGAGAGCAGGGGGGGGGGAAAGAAAAUAUGCCUAGACUAUAAAUAAGCUAGGGUAUCAAGGAACUGCUUGCUAAGACUCUCUGAAUGUUCCUGGCAUUCAGACACUUGACUUCAAGAAAAGUGUCAUCAUGAAAAUUCUCUUGGUGGCAUUGUUUGUUUCCUUGUCUGUCCACCUCACAGCAUCUUCCAAGGACCAGACUAGUGACCAAAUAAUUAAGUUACCAGUGCCAAGGUUGGCUUUGGCACUCCAGUCCCAAAACAUCAAUGGCACAGAGGUCUGGUCAGUGGACAAACAAAUACCUAUACAAGGACCAAGACUCAAAAGAGAGGGGGAGGAAACUAGCAGAAAGAUGAAGAAGAAGAAGAAGCAGAAACCCAAGCAAAGGAGACCCACAUUCAGGAUGAGGAAGCCUUCAAGAAGACCAAAAAAGAAACCUGCUCCCAAGAAGAAGAAGCUUGGGAAGCCCACAAAGAAGAAUGGUGCAAGAAAACAGUGACAUUUUUGUCUUUCUGAAUGUUCCUCUCUUGGAAAAAAAGCAUUCUUGUUGUUCUUGGAUGAAAUAACAGAGAAAUAAAUCACACUUUCAACUCUUCAAAAA